GAACGUAAGUGCCUGUAUACCUGUGACUUUUACUACCUUCCUCCGAAACUUCCCGGCGGCUUGAAGCGUCAAGUAUCACAUCUCCAAAGAAUAUUUGAGAGGAAAUUCGUCUCUGUCAAGGAGAAUAUGAAUAAUGUUGUGAGAUGUUAUGGAGGAGAGCAAAUACUAGUCUAAAAGAAGCCCACCGCUUUGGGCAGAAUAAAAAGUGUCUCUGGAAAAAAAGUUCCCGCUCUCGAAAUUUUUGACAAUAUCAACGCCAUUGAGAAUUAAUUCACGAUGGCAAAGGAUACACAAAUGAAGAAGCGCAAAGCCUCUGUUCCGGAGGUUGACGCUGAGAAGACCAAGAUCAAGAAGGUUAAGAACGCAAGUGCAUCCACUGAAGCCGUGAAAGCCCCAGCAAAGAAGCGCAAAGCUACUGAGGAUGCUGCUCCAGUAAAGGUCAAGAAGACGAAGACGCCCAAGCCUAUCGAUGAGCCAGUCGAGCCCGAAGCCGCAAACGAGGAGAGCGAGGCCCCGACUAUCAAGAAAUUGAACGGUGCAAAAGUUUCCGCAAAGUCAAAGAAGGCCGUUAAGGACGUUGCGACCGCAGCAAAGAGCAAAUCUACCGCCAAAGCUCCCAAAACAGUCAAGGUUGAAUCUGCAAAGCCCAAUAGGAAGCCCGACACAGUUGUUGAGUCAGACGAUGAUAAUGAAGAGGAAGACUCCGACAUUGAUGACCAAACAGAGGCUCUGUUGAAGGGUUUCGAGAGCGAUGGAGACGAGGACGAUGCACUCAACGAAGAAGGCUUGCUAGAAGGCGAGUCUGUACCCGAGCGAAAGCAACUUAGCAAAUCCGAGGAGAAGAAGUUGGAGAAGAUCGCCGAGUCUGGAGCCUCUGACAAACCUGGUGUCAUCUACGUUGGUCGCAUUCCACAUGGUUUCUUCGAGCACGAAAUGAGAGCCUACUUCAACCAAUUCGGCAACAUUAUCAAGCUACGCAUUUCCCGAAACAAGAAGACUGGCAACAGCAAACACUACGGAUGGAUUCAAUUUGAGUCGACAACUGUUGCAGAUAUCGUUGCUAGGACUAUGGACAACUAUCUCAUGUUCGGUCAUCUGCUGAAGGUCAAGCUGAUUCCGGACGAACAAGUUCCUGCAAAUCUAUUCAAGGGCGCCAACAAGCGUUUCAAGAAGGUGCCAUGGAACAAGAUGGAAGGGAGAAAGAUUGGCCAAGGAGCUUCUGAGGAGGUUUGGGAUGAGCGAAUUGAGAGGGAGGAGCAGAGACGCGACGAGAAGGCCAAAAAGCUCCAGGCUAUCGGCUAUGAAUUCGAAGCUACCAAAGUCAAAUCUGCUAAGGGCGUCUCCAAGAAUAAGGUUGCAGUCAUCGAGCCCAACAUCGAAGCUGCAUCAGUUGUCUGACAUUGAGCCAAAGAAGGUGGCUGAGGAGAUUGAGAUUCCGGUAGCAGAGGAUGCUGCUGAACUUAUUGUCGAGACGAAAACGAAGGUUAAGAAGAGCAAAAAGAGUAAGACAGAGAAGUCUACUACUUGAUUUGUUUGCCAGGCAAUUGCGAAUGUAUGUCCAGAUCAGCAUAGCAUAGCUACUUCGUACAUUGCAAUGAAUGAUGAGUAAAGUCUAGCCAGAAGGGAUUUUUCCUUUGCCAAAAAAGAAAACAUGAAACAUUUUAUCUGUCAUUGAGUGAUUAUAAGUCAUCUCAUAUCAUACUAAUCGGUGCGCCAACUCGCCUCCUCCUAACAUGUGCC